CAGAUCAGAUUGACGGCGGCGCCACUUCCUGAGUUUAGGGAAGGGCCUUGGUCUCGUGGCCGCGCCGCGCGAACGCGCAUCAAAUUAGCAUCGAUGAAGUUUGUGCGAACAUGGCGGAUUUCCUGCCGACCAGGUCCGUGCUAAAAGUUUGCCUGCCCGUCUGCCUGCUCAACAGCGGCGAGGUGGAGCAGCUGCGCAAGUCCAAGGAGAUCGACCGAUGCCUCUCGCGGGAGAAGCCGUACGUGAAGCGGCUCGUGAAGAUCCUGCUGCUCGGCGCGGGCGAGAGCGGCAAGUCGACUUUCCUCAAGCAAAUGCGGAUCAUCCACGGCCAGGACUUCGACCAGCAAGCCCGCGAGGAGUUCCGAGGCACGAUCUACAGCAACGUUAUCAAAGGUAUUCGUGUGCUGGUGGACGCGCGGGAGAAGCUGCACAUCCCGUGGGGCGACCCGGACAACCAGCGGCACGGCGACAGCCUCAUGGCGUUCGACACCCGCUCGGCGAAGAUGGCCAGCGGGCAGCUGGAGACGUCCAUCUUCUUGCGGUACCUGUCGGCCAUCGCAGCUCUGUGGGCGGACUCGGGCAUUCAGAAUGCCUACGAUCGCCGUAGGGAGUUUCAGCUGGGUGAGUCUGUGAAGUAUUUCUUGGAUAAUCUGGAUAAGCUCGGCGAUCAGAACUACCUUCCCAGUCAGCCGGACAUCCUGCUGGCCCGCAAACCCACCAAAGGCGUCCACGAGUACGACUUUAAGAUCAAGGACGUUCCCUUCAAGAUGGUGGACGUGGGAGGGCAGCGGUCCGAGCGGAGGCGCUGGUUCGAGUGUUUCGACUGCGUCACCUCCAUCCUCUUCCUCGUCUCCUCCUCUGAAUACGAUCAGGUGCUGAUGGAGGACCGGCAGACCAACCGGCUGCGCGAGUCGCUCAACAUCUUCGAGACCAUCGUCAACAACCGCGUCUUCAUCAACGUGUCGAUCAUCCUGUUCCUCAACAAGACGGAUCUGCUGGAGGAGAAGGUGAAGAGCGUUCCGCUCAAGGACUACUUUGCCGACUACACCGGGCCGGAGCACAGCCUGCCCGACGUGCAGGCCUUCAUGGUGGAGUGCUUCCGCGACAAGAGGCGCGACGCCACCCAGAAGCCCCUGUACCACCACUUCACCACGGCCAUCAACACGGAGAACAUCAGACUGGUGUUCCGAGACGUCAAGGACACCAUCCUCCACGACAACCUCAAAAAGCUCAUGCUCCAAUGACCCCCCCCCCCCCCACUCCCGUCAACCUGUGAAAGUAGAGGAACCGGAACGGGGACACGCCUACCCCCCAUUGCUCCUGAAGAGGACUCGUGAAGAGUCCAGCCUCAGAAGAAUCCAGUAGAUGUCAGCGUUUCUUCUUCAGCCGUUUUUAAUAUUAGUUUUUACACUCCUCUCAAGAAGAGUUGGCCUUCUUCGGGGUUUGGUAGGGGACCGAGUCAGUAGGGCGAGAACGUCUGAGGUUUUAACAGGGGGAAAAAAAGAAGAAAAAAAAGACAAGCAGACAGUUUGGAUGUUGGGUGACAUCCCAUCUCUGCUGCUUCCGUCUUGAGACCAUCUCCUCUCGCCGGAGCUCCGCCUCCACAGUGCCAGUGCCUGGCUGUGGAAACCAGCUAACCGUUUUCUUUUUUUUCUUCUUUUUUUUGUUACAAACCGGGCAUUGUGGUGUCUGAACCAGACGUACAACUUGCUAAGAAGACCAACACAGGAAAUAACCACAAUAAGUAUGUUGUUGUUGGUACAACAUUGCGAGUUAAGACGGUUCUUGAAAAAACGAAACAAAGAUUUUCUGCGCCAGAGUUGAUUUGCCGGUCUUUUUUUGUCCAAGCACUGAAUUCAUCUUGUCUGAAAUCACUCCCAUUAUUUCAGUUGCACUCUCCAGUGCUGCUUUGUGAACAUUGUUUCUAGGCCUAUGUAGUUCGUAGAGGGUUGAUGAUGAUGAUGAUCUGGAGACUGCACAAUUCUCCUUUUUUUUCCCUUUUUUUUUUCCUUCUCCCUCAUUCCUCCAACCUCCCGUCGCCACUCUUCUGUUUUUCUUGCUGGCACAGAGCAAGACUCACCAGGACAAGGACCAGUUCGUUCGUCGAUGGGCGGAAAGGAGUUGAGAACUGUUUAAGGAUUUGAUGUGGGAACUUGGCACCUUGUCCGUGGAAAAACUGACCUACAGAAAAGACUGAACCUACAACGCCUCUCCACAUGAUGUCUUAUAGGUAAAAAUCAUUUGAAAUCCUGCAUUUUGUGCCCACUGAAAGAGUCACUCUUAAGCUUCAUUUAAACUAAUUAAAGAUGCAAGUUGUCCUUUUUUCUCCUUUUUUUUGGGGGGGGUUGUUGAAACAACAGGCAGGUGAAGUCAGUGAACAUGGAGUCCGCUGUUUUUCUCAGGGUUGAAUCAAAAAAAACGGCAUUAAAGCUGACGUCAUUGUUGGCAAACUAACUGAAUAAUGUAAUCUCUAUCUGGGCGGUGGAGCGGUGAAACUCAGCUGGGUGGUGUUUGGUACCGUCUCCUCCCGGCUUUUGACCCGCGAUCGUCUGCCCAGAAUCCUCUGUCUCUCUUUUGUUUUCAUCUCUGACUGGAUGCCACUUAAAGGGACAGACCCCACCACCCCACCCCCACUGUUUGCCUGAAUGAUGAAUGUCUGUUAAUAGAUGCACAGAUUUGCUCGCGACUGUCUGAAUAUACUGUAACCAAUAUCGCCGUGGUGAGAUGUGAAACCGGUCGUGAGAAUUUCUUGUGUUAGCACUGAGUCGUGACUCAAAGGCGUCCCUGAAAAAGAAACUUGUGCCGUUUGGGACUUCCCUUUAAAAAUACAUUUGAAACUGUCAAGGGGGGAGAGAAAAACACAGACACAUAAAAAAGGCGACUGGAGCUGAAUACUUUUGUCAGCGGCUGUAUUCUGUCGGGGGCCAAUCUUUGUUAGAGGACAACUUCCAGUCUCUGUUAAAAUCUGUUUCCCUGCCAAAUCAAACCCCCCCCCCCCAUGCCUUUUUGACUCUGUUCACAUCGACAGACUGUAGUUUUUGUUUUGUUUUUCCUCCAAAACAUAAAGCUCCUGUGAGCUUCACUUAGCUUCCUGGCCAUGUACAUACUGUAAUCUGUUGCCAUGUAAAUAAUAUUCAGGUUUAUCUCCAUAUGUAAAUGGUUGUAGAAAUUUGGCAUCCCCCCCUCAUUCUUAACGUGUUUCGAAUCACUGCUUUUCCAAUGAAGAUGACUUUUUCAUGUAGAUGUAUUUUUAUGUUAACUUUUACAUCGCCUUUUUUUGAAAUUCAUUCCUGUGUCAAGUCUCAUACCACUCUAACCCUCUCAAUAAAUACACUUUUCUAAUGAA